CGAGUGUUGAUCCACGCUGCCACAGGCGGCGUCGGCCUCGUCGCCGUCCAGUUUGCGCAGCGCGUGGGGGCCACCAUCUACGCCACCGCUGGCAGCCCAAACAAAGUCGAUCAUCUCAAGGAGAUGGGAGUGAAGUACAUCACCACCAGCCGCGACGACGAAGCCUUCGAGGAAGACAUGAAGCGGAUGAUGAAGGAGGACAAGUGCCAGGAUGGCAUCGAUUGCGUGCUGAACAGCUUGAGCCACAAGGAGUACAUCGGCCGCUCGCUGUCUAUGCUCAAGAAGCGCGGACGCUUCAUGGAGAUCGGCAAGCGGGGUAUCUGGAGCCAUGACGAGAUGAAGGAGAAGCGCCCAGACGUGCAAUACGAGAAGAUCGCGAUGGAUUGGGUGAUGGAACAUGAUCCAGCGCGGUACAAUGUACUCAUGCGGCGUCUGGUGACACAGAUGGAGCAGGGUUGGUGGAAGCCACUGCCCACCACCAUCUUUGAGGGCCUCACCUCUGGCGUGGACGCGCUCCGCUUUCUGCAGCGCGCGCAGCAGAUCGGCAAAGUCGUGUUGACCACGCCCUCACGAAUGGGGUGCGAACCAGACGGUUGCUACGUGCUCAGCGGAGGUGUCGGCGCAUUGGGAUUGGUCACCGCCCAGAUGAUGGCCGAAGAGGGUGCCAAGUCUCUCGUGCUCAUAUCGCGCAAGGGCGCAGUGGGCUCCGACUCGCAGGUGCAGUGGCAGCACCUCCAGAGUUUCGCCAUCGACAUUAAGCUGAAGGCCUGCGACAUCGGCAACAUGGACGACGUCCAGGUAUUUUCGGCUGGAUUGGCCUCGGAGCUCGCGAAGCAGACUCCCGCGGCGCGCGUGCGGGGCCUGGUGCACCUCGCGGCCGUGCUGGACGACGCUACGCUGCCGAAGCUUACCAGGGGACACCUCGAACGGGCCUUUGGCGCGAAGGUCUUCGGUUCUCGCCACCUCCAUUGCGCGCUCUCCAGCAAGAAGGACCCGUUGGAUUUCAUGGUGCUGUUCUCGUCCACCUCGGCGCUCCUGGGAUCACCGGGGCAGGCAAACUACACCGCGGCCAACGCCGCCCUGGACGCGCAGUCUUGGGUGUGGCAGCAGAGAGGCGAGAAGGCGUGGAGCGUACAGUGGGGCCCGUGGCGCGAGGCAGGCAUGGCCGCGCAGAAAGGCACCGUGGAGAGGCUGAAGUCGCAGGGGCUCGGCAGCAUCGGCAACGCUGUGGGCAUGGCGGCGCUCUGCUGCGCGCUGGCCUCGGACUGCAGCGUCAUCGCCGCAUGCCCGGUCUACUGGGGCCAGUACCUGAAGCAGUUUGGGCAGGCUGUGCCGCCUUUCCUGGCGCGCUUCAAGAAGGAGGCCGGGGCCGGCGCACCUGGCGUCGCUGCAGCUACGGCGAGCGCCAGUGCCAGCCCAGGCAUCACCCCCCAGAUGAUGGGCCAGCUCGUGCUGAGCACCGCCGUGGAGGUCAUGGGCGUCGCUAACGUUGACACCGAGGUGCCGCUCAUGGAAGCCGGCAUGGACUCGCUGGCGGCGGUCGAGUUCCGCAACCGCCUCUCGGGACAGCUGCCCGGGGUCAAACUGCCCAACACGCUCAUCUUCGAUUACCCGACCAUCACGGCCAUCAGCGGAUACGCGUCGACCCAGCUCGGGCCUGUAUCUGUUGGUGGCGGAGCCGCUGUGCCGACCAUCACACCGGAAGUGCUGAAUGAGAUGGUGCUCCAGACGGCGGCCGAGGUCAUGGGCACUGCCAGCGUCGACGCGGAGGUACCGCUCAUGGAGGCCGGCAUGGACUCCCUCGCGGCGGUGGAGUUCCGCAAUCGCUUGUCUGGGCAGCUGCCUGGAGUCAAACUGCCCAACACGCUCAUCUUCGACCACCCGACAGUCUCCGCCAUCGGCCGCUUCGCCUCCUCGCAACUCGCGCCGGCCGCUGGCGCGAAGGCGGCGGCUCCUCUGCAUGGCGCCGGCAGCCGCGUUCAGGUCCAGGUUCAAGGCCUCGCAUCCUCAUUCCCGGGCGGCCGGGACGGCGCCUACUGGGACGAUUUCGCCAGCCGUAGAGACGGCGUGGUGGAAGUCCCCUACACCCGCUUCGACAUAGACGCCUACUAUGAUUCUGACCCCGACACCCCCGGCAAGACAUACGCGAGGCAUGGAGGCUUCGUCGACGGAGCCGAGCUCUUCGAUGCCGGGGCGUUCACGCUAUCGCCUGCAGAGGCCAAGGUGAUCGACCCACAGCAGAGGAUGAUUCUGGAGGUUGCUCAGAGAGCCUUCGCCUUCGCGGGCAGGGAGAAGGCCGGCAUGAUGGGCGCGGACAUCGGCGUCUUCGUAGGCCAGGCCCAGCACGACUGGUUCGUCAUGACAAGCUCUGGCAGCUCCUUCAGCACCUACACUGGCACGGGCAUCAGCGCGUCGAUCUGCGCCAACCGCAUCUCCUACCUAUUCGGCGUGAAGGGCCCAAGCUUCGUGUGCGAUACGGCUUGCUCUUCUUCUCUGGUGGCUGCCGACGCCGCCCUCAGCUCGGUCCACAGGGGCACGAGCGAGGCCGCCCUCAUCGGUGGCACGCAGCUUAUUCUCGGGGUGGUGCCCUACAUCAGCUUCAGCAAGGCGAAGAUGCUUAGCGAGACCGGCAGGUGCAUGACGUUCGACGAGUCGGCGAAUGGCUAUUGCCGCGGCGAGGGCGUUGGCGCCGCAUUCGUGGGUCCCACGCCGGAGUCCCUGGCGCAAGUGGUCUGUGACCUUGCAGCCACCGCCACCAACCAGGACGGCCGCAGCGCCAGCCUCACGGCUCCGAACGGACCGUCGCAGCAGGCGGUCAUCCUCCGUGCGUUGUCCGAGGCUGGCAUUGAACCGAAGGACGUGGCCACCGUUGAGUGCCAUGGUACGGGCACAUCCCUGGGGGAUCCCAUCGAGGUGGACGCGCUGGCCAACACGCUCGGCAAGGACCGCAGCAAGAUGCUGGCGCUCACCUCCGCCAAGUCGAACAUCGGCCACCUGGAGGGCUCGGCCGGCAUGGCUGGCCUUGUGAAGGCCGCGUACAUGAUGCAAACUGGGAAGGCGACCCCCAACCUGCACUUCCAGACGCUCAACUCGCACAUCGACCUCGAUGGCUUCCCGGCCUUCGUAGUGCAGGAGAUGUACGAGCUGGAGCCCGCAUUGGCGUCUGGCCUGUCCUCGUUUGGCUUCGGCGGCACCAACGCGCACGUGGUGCUCGCGAGCUCCUCGCCGCCGAGCGCGGCACCGACCACGGGCGCAGCCCAGGUGGAGUUCAAGCACACGCCGUUCCCCUGGAGGGACCCAGUCUACCGGAUGCUGCGCAAGAAGAUCAGUGAGGGCAAGGACACGCACUUCGAGGUGCCCUUCAAGGCGGACAUCUUCUGGGCAGUGGCAGAGCACGUCGCCUUUGACGAGAUCGUGGUGCCAGGCGUGGCCUACGUUGAGCAAGCCAUGGAGGCCACCAGGGUGCUCAUGGGCAACCAAGCCUACAUAAAGGACGUGCAGAUGACGUGGCCGCUCGUUAUCCCCAAGGACGCGUGGAAGGAUGGCACGACGCCCGUCUACCUCCGCUUCGCGCAGAUGGGCAGCGAUAAGUUCGAGAUCCGCAGCAGGCGCGGCGACAGCCCGGAGCAGAUGACCCACUGCGAAGGCAAGAUUGGUCGCGGAACCUCGGAGCCAGCGAUGCUCCCCUUGGACGACCUGAGGAGCAUGUGCGACACGGAGGUGCCCUCUGCGGACGUCUACGCUGCCGUGCACAAGGGCGGGCUCUACCUCGGCCCCAUGUUCCAAGUCUGCAAGCACAUGAUGCGAAGCGACGGUGCAAAGGGUGACGAGGUCCUCUGCCGUCUCGAGCACUCCACGGAGGAGGGGCACCUCCCAGUCAACAUGGGCUACUGGAUGCACCCGGGCAUGCUCGAUGGAACGAUCCACGUGCUCGGCUGCACAAUGGUUGGCUGGGAUGCCCCACUGAAGAUCUUCGCAGGCAUCGGCUCAUUGAAGUGCAAGCAACACAGGGACUUUUCUCGCGAGUCCGUCUACUGGGUGCACUUGCACCUCAUGGAGUUCUCCAUGACGCUCCAGACCUUCACGACCACGGUCGCUGACGAUGAGGGGAACAUCUUAUUCGUUGGAGACGACGUGUCGUUCCGCGCGGUGACACGGGAGCAGAUCCUCAAGGCGAUGGAGAGCCAGAUGCCCGAGGACGCCCAGAAGCUGUACCAGGUCGGUUGGACCGACGUGCCAGCCAGGAAAGACCAGGCCGAGGAAGAGGACGAGGUGAAGACCCUCGUCGUCGCUGAGGCUGGAGACUUCUCCGCACAGGUGGCGUCGGCUCUCGGAGACCAUGCCUCCUGUGUAGCGCCUUCGGCUGUAUCGCAGGACCAGCUCACCGAUUGCAGUAGGGUGAUCAGCCUGGCAGGGCUCUCGGAUGCGCCGUGCCUGGACGUCUUGGAUGUCGCGUUGAGCCUGAUGAAGGGGUUGGUCCACGCCAAGGACGACGCUCCGGAGCUGUGGUUUCUGACGCGGUCCGCUGUUGCCGUGGAGCAGAAAGACAUGGUGGACGCCCCGAUACCGACGCAUGCGGCACUAUGGGGCCUGGCGAGGUCCUUCCGUGCCGAGUACCCACAAUUCAAGGUGGCAUGCUUGGACCUGGAUGCCAGCUGCACGUCUGGCACGGUGGUCGCCGGUGUUGUUGGCGAGGUGGCCGGCCGCGUCGCCAAGACCUUCGAGCCCGAGUUGGCACUGCACUCCGGCAGACUGGUGGCAUCGAGGCUCGUGGAUGACACCGCAAACAUCAAGGCCGCAGAGGAGGCCGCAUUUAAGGAGGACGCGUCGUACGUUGUCAGCGGCGGUACGGGCGCCCUGGGCCUGCUCUUCGCGGGCUGGAUGGCGGACAAAGGAGCCAAGAGUUUCGUGCUCUUGUCGCGCAGUGGCACAGUGCAGACCGACUCGCAGCAGCUCUUCGACAAGGUUUCGGGGAUGGCGAAGGUGAAGAAGUGCGACAUCGCCAGUGCCAGCGAUGUGGAGCAGACGAUGAAGCAGAUAAGUGACGAGCUUCCACCGGUUCGCGGCAUCAUCCACGCCGCAGGCACCCUAGACGACCACCUCAUCCUCGACCUCGAGCGCAAGCAUUUCGAUGGUGUCAUCUCGCCGAAGGUCGACGGCACGCUGAAUCUUCACAGGGCGACGGCAGGCAUGCCGCUUGACUUCGUCGCGCUCUUCUCGUCUGUGGCCGCCAUGAUCGGCACCGCGGGGCAGGCCAACUACUGCGCGGGCAACGCGUUCAUGGACGCGUUCGCUACGCACCGGCGCGCACACGAGCUUCCAGCCGUGAGUGUCCAGUGGGGCCCGUGGGCGGAAAUCGGGAUGGCCGCUCGCGCUGGCACUUCCGAGAGCGUCAUCCUGCGGAUCGAGCUCCAGGCGGGGCUUCAGGCGAUGGAGGCGAUACUGAGUGCUCAGGCCUCGCUGCUCACUGGCGUCGUGGGAGUCGCCCGCAUCAAGUGGGCGUCCUUCCUGGCGCAGAUGGCGGCGGUGCCGCAGUUCCUGGACAACUUCAAGCAGUUCAAGCCGAAGGAGAAGGCACAGGCCCUGACGGGCCCCAGCGGCGCCGCCCCGCCCAAGGAGCUGGUCAAGUCGGGCAUCGAGGGCAUCCUGAAAGAAGUCCUCGGGGACGACACCUUAAGCGACUUCUCGGCCCCCUUGAUGGACCUGGGCCUGGACUCCCUGGCAGCAGUGGAGUUCCGGAACCGCGUCCAAGCCUCGUUCGAGGGCGUCCGCUUGGCCUCGACCAUCAUGUUCGACUACCCCACCGUCGCAGACCUCACGGACUUCAUCCUUUCCCAAUUCGCCCCGGACGAGGACGAAGGCGGUGCGGGCGCCUUGGGCGACGCGGGCGCUGCCAUUCGCGAGCCGCUGGGCGUGGUGGGCAUCGCUGGCCGUUACCCAGGCAUGUCCGUCAGUAACGACAUCCAGGAAUACUGGAGCGCUCUCUGCUCCAGCGUGGACCCCAACCAAGAGAUUCCGAUCGAGCGCUGGGACGUCGACCAGUACUACGACGAGGACCGGCAGGCCGCAGGCAAGAUAUACGUGCGCACGGGCAUGUUCAUUCCCGCCGUUCAGGAGUUCGACGCCGGAUUCUUUGGCAUCAGCGAGCCCGAGGCUCGUGGGAUGGACGCCCACCAGCGCUUGAUGACCGAGGUGGCCUAUGAGAGUUUCCACUUGGCGGGCCAGUCUAAGGAAACGUUGAACGGAGUCGAGUGCGGGGUAUUCAUGGGCUGCUGCACGCUCACGGGCAUCGACGUACAUGACGACGACAUCGGCCCUUUCACCAACAUCGGCGCAGGAAUCAGUGGCCUGUCAGGCCGCAUCUCCCACGCCCUCGGUCUGCGCGGCCCCUGCUUCGCCAUCGACACGGCCUGCUCGUCCACGUUGGUGGCCAUGGACUGCGCCAGCCAGGCCAGCCGCAUGGGCCGCCAGGAGAUGGGAUGUGUGGCGGGCGUGAACCUGCAGCUGCGCACUGACAUGUGGAUCGGCUUCUGCAAGAUGACAGGCCUGGCCCCCGACGGCCGCUGCAAGACUUUCGACGUCUCCGCCGACGGCUUCGCGCGCGGCGAGGGCGUCGGCUCCUUCAUCCUUCGCUUACGAGGCGCCGCGGAGUCCAAGGGCGAGGCGAUCUCCGCGAUCGCCCGGGGAAGCUGCGUGAAUCAGGACGGUCGCAGCGCGACGAUCACGGCGCCCAGCGGACCUGCGCAGCAGAGGGCUCUCACCGCCUCGCUGCGGGAUUCCGACCUGAAGGCUCUGGAGGUCACGCUGGUAGAGUGCCACGGGACAGGUACCUCGCUGGGAGACCCCAUCGAGGUCGGGGCUCAGGAGAAGAUCUACGGCAAGGAGCGGUCCGACGACGAGAGCCUCAUACUGGCCGCGGGCAAGUCGUUCGCUGGCCACCUCGAGGGUGCUGCCGGCGUUGCUGGGCUGACCAAGCUGGUGCUGAUGAUGGAGCACCGGCAGGCGCCGCCGAACCUGCAUCUCAAGAAGAUGAACCCCAACAUCGAUCUGUCCAGCUUCCCGACGGCCAUCCCCGACUCCAUGAUGCCGUGGAAGGCGGCAACCCUCUGCGGCGGAGUCAGCUCGUUCGGUUUCAGCGGCACCAAUUCGCACGUCAACACUGAGGAAGCGCCGAAGCAGUCGCCUGAGAUCACGGGUGCUGCCCUCGAGCGGCAUGCCCUCUCUUGGGCGAGGAAGGACAUGGCUUACCGGGAUUGGGCCAAGGAGCUCUUCUGGACGCUGUCCUGGCGCGCCACGCCGCUGCCGGACGGCGGCAAGGAGCCCGCCGAGGCGGGGGCUGUGCUCAUAGUCGGCGGCGGGGACCUCCAGAAGCCGCUGCUGGAGGCGCUGCCGACAGCGACUGCGGUGGCUGCGUCCGACGCCUCGGCCAUCUCCCAGCAGAGCUUCGGAAUUGUGAUCUUCGCGGAGACCGCCGUCGCCGACGAGCCCGCCUUGGAGGGAAGGACCACGGCCGCGCUGCUGGCCGUGGUUCAGGCCCUGGCCGCCUCCAAGAACGCUGUAGAGCUGGUGGUGCUGACCCGCGGCGCACAGGAGGCCAAGGCCGAAAGCUCGGACCAGGUCGGGGUUGGCCUGCUCGGAGCGGCUGCGUGGGGCUUCAUGCGCUCUGUGAGACUGGAGGCGCCGCACAUCCAGGCACGCUGCAUCGACUUCCCGCCAGACGAGGGCAAUCUGGCGAACACGGUCGCCGACGAGCUUCUCGUGCCCCACAGCGAAGCGGACGCAGAGAUAGCCUACAUCGGGGGCGAGCGGUGCGUCCCCCGCCUUGGCCAGGGCAGCAUCCCGACUUCGAGCUUCAGCGCGAGGCCCGACGGCGCAUACCUGGUCACCGGCGGCCUUGGCGGCCUCGGUCUCAGCAUCGCGCAGGACUUAGUCGACAAGGGCGCCGGCUGCGUCACGCUGGUCUCGCGCAGCGGCAGGACACCAUCGGGCGACGCGAAGCUUGCCAGUAUGUUGGAGACGCUGCAGUCGUCCACCGCCGAAGUGCGCGCCUGGUCUUGCGACGUGUCGGACUCCAGCAAGAUGACUGAGCUGUUGAAGAAAAUGGGCAGCGAGCUAACUGACUUCCCGCUGAGGAGCGUCGUGCACGCCGCGGGCGUUCUCGAGUUCCUCGACCUAGCUGCUCUUACGUCCGAGGGCGUGGAGAAGGUGUUCAAGCCCAAGGUUUCUGGCGCCUGGAACCUGCAUCGCCACGUUGACGGGGCUUCGCUCGACUCAUUCGUGCUCUUCUCGUCGGUAUCGGCGCUCAUCGGCCUUUCGCGGGGCGUUACGUACUCGGCCUCCAACGCGUACCUGGACGGCUUGGCGCUGUGGCGGCGCGCGCAAGACAUGCCUGCCACGAGCAUCCAGUUCGGCCCCGUGUCGGAAGUGGGCAUGACGGCCAACGCAGAGCAGCACGGCCCUUCGGACGCCGCGCUGAAGAUGGUGUCGCCGAAACACGUGCAAGCGGCGUUUGCGAGAGCAAUCUCCGGUUCGAAGGUCCCGCCAUCGCUGCUCUUUGCGCGUGCUGAUUGGACUGGUUUCCUGGAGCAGAUGGGCACUGGCGUGCCAGUGCUGCUCGACUUCACCGCCAAGGGCGACGCAUCUGGUAGCGGAGGUUCGGCCUCCAUUUUCCAAGGCAUGUCCGCUGGCGAGAUCGGCGAUACGGUGUCCAGACUAGUGCUGGACGUGGCAGCAGGGGUCCUGGGAGAGGAGAUCCACGCUGACGCGCCGCUCAUGGAGUCUGGUCUCGACUCGCUCACGUCCGUGGACUUCCGCAACCAAUGCUCGAAGAAGCUCCCAGGGCUCAAGCUGCCCAGCACGCUCAUGUUCGACUACCCAAGCGUCUCGGCGAUCGCACAGUACGCUGCGAGCAAGCUCGCCCCCGCCUCUGUGUCGCCAGCAGCGGCGGCGCUCGCGGGCACUGCGGGCGCCACGGUCCUUACCUCGGAGGGCGUGCCCGUUUCGGUGUUGUCCAGGGGCUGCAGGUUUCCGGGCGACGCGAACUCGCCAGGCGAGUUCUGGUCGGCGCUCGUGGCGAAGGGCGACGGUGUCGUGCCCAUCCCCUACGAACGCUGGGACACCGACGAGUAUUACGACCCCUCCCCGGGCACCACAGGCAAGAUGUACGUGAAGCACGCGGGCUUCAUCAAGGGAGUCGAGAACUUUGACACCGCCCUCUUCAGCAUCUCCCCGGCAGAGGCGGCCACAAUGGACCCACAGCAGCGGUUGCUGCUCGAAGUAACGCACGAGUCGUUCGAGAGGGCGAAGGGCAACGAAAAGAUGUCCAUGGACGUCGGCAUCUUCGUUGGAGAGUGCAACAACGAUUGGGGCCACUUCAAGAACCUGGAGACCGACAAGAUGAACCCGUUCAGCGGCACAGGAGGCUCCGUCUCCAUCUCGGCCAAUCGCAUCUCUUACGUCUUCGGAUUCAAAGGCCCCAGCGUCGCUUCGGACACGGCGUGCUCCUCGUCGCUGGUGGCGCUCGACCAGGCUGUGUCAGGCUUGUGGCGCGUGCGUUGCAGCAGCGCCGUUGCGGCUGGCGUGAACUUGGCCCUCUUGCCGGGCCCGUUCAUCGCGUGCUGCCAGGCGCGGAUGCUCUCGGAGGAGGGUCGUUGUAAGACGUUCGACCAGUCGGCCAACGGCUAUUCGCGCGCCGAGGGCUGCGGCGCUGUCGUCGUCCGGCGCCAGCCGGAGACCACGCUGCAGACGGUUCUGCCGGCGGUCAGCGGCACUGGCGUCAACCAGGACGGCAAAAGCUCGAGCCUGACAGCGCCGAACGGUCCCGCGCAGCAGGAGGUCAUCCUCAUGGCCUGGAAGGACUCCCCAGUCGUCCCCUCGGGGGCCGACUACGUGGAGACUCACGGGACCGGCACCGAGCUGGGCGACCCCAUUGAGGUGGGGGCCCUCAGCGCUGUCAUGGGGCCCGGGCGUAGCUCAGAGAUCCUCGUCGGCGCGGUCAAGUCGAACGUUGCCCACUUGGAGGGCGCAGCUGGCAUCGCUGGCCUCGUGAAGAGCAUCUCCGUGCUCAGUCUCGGCAAGGUGCCACCGAACAUCCAUUUGCACAGCCUCAACCCGCACAUCGACGUCUCCGACUUCAGGGUCACAUUCCCCGCCGACGGUGUCGUGGACAAGGAGGUCAAGAGCGCUGGCCUGUCGUCGUUCGGCUUCGGUGGCACCAACACCCACGUCUCCAUGGCUGCAGCGGCUGGGGAGGCUCAGGUCGACCCCAAGGAGACGGAGCCCGCUGUUUUCAAUCGGCAGCGCUUCGCAUGGUAUCAAGUCAAGCACCCGCUGUCGGUCGCUGGGCGCCCAGGGGACCAGCCUGGACUGACGUGUUUCCACGCGCCGAUCCAGAACAAGUUGGUGGAGCUGCUGUCGCACCACAUCAUCUACGGAGAGAUCGUGGUACCAGGAGCAACCUACAUGGAAAUGACCAUCGCCACCGCUGCUUACCGCUACGGACGCGAUGGCGGCAAAUUCUGGCUCGAGGGCAUCGGCUUCCAGAGCCCAUUAGUCCUGCGGGAGGUAGACGGCGAGCUGACCGAGCCCAAGGACUUGAUGCUCCAUGUGCGCGACGACGGGCGCUUCUCGAUGAACAGCGGCUACGGUGGCGAGAUCAUGGCCACACACUGCGAGGGCUCCUUGCACCUGCACGGUGGGCUGGCCGAGCAUAACACGAUGAAUGUGGCAGAGAUCAAGGCCCGCUGCCCGGAGGUCGUCGAGGACUCCCGCAUGUAUGUGCCGUUCGCGAACAUCGGCCUGCCUCUGCAGCCGCGCUUCCGCACUGUACGCACGAUCGACCGCAGCGGGGACGAGAUCAUCGCCUGGGUGGCCGCUUACGAGGACGGUACGAAUCAAGGCAUGCUGUUCGGCCCCGCCGUCAUAGACGGCUCGUUCCAGGCCAGCUGCGCAUUCCAGAAUCUGGAGGCGUUGCCGAGCCUGAGAAUCCCGUUGUCCAUCGACCGCCUGACCAUCUACGGCCAGGGCUACAGCCAGAAGGUGUGGGUGCACCACACGCUACUCGAGAACUCCGACAAGCAGCUGGAGUCCAACGUGGUACUCGCCAAAGACGACGAGGUGAUCAUCAUGACCAUGGACCGCAUGCGCCUGCGCGAGGUGCGCCCCGAGCACAUCGCGAAGAUGCUCGCGGCGUCGGCUGGAGACGCGGACGAAGACAUCCUGGAGGUCGAGUGGUCCACCAUGGACGUGAAGAGCUCGAGCGCCGCAAAAGACCUCGGCAAGGUGAUGUUCGUGGGCGCCGAUGCGGACCUGCAGCAGGCGCUCGCGGCCAAGUUCCCGCAGUCUGCCUUCUCGGACUCGCCAGACUUCGAGAAGGACAAGUGCGCGAUGGCCGUGUACGUCGGAGCGCUCGGCGCGGAGUCGGAAAUGCAGACCCUGGACGACGCAAUGGGUCUCGCGCAGCAGGCCAUCGCCAAGAAGAAACCGGGGACGAUGUGGUGGAUCACCUGCGGCACGCAGACCGCGCCGCUCGGCGGCUACAUGCACGCAGGCCUGUGGGGGAUGGCGCGUACCUUCCGCAUGGAGGAGCGCUCUGUGGUCCUCCGCUGCUUGGACCUGGACGGCAGCGCGCACUGCGGCGCAGAGGUCGUGGCAGAGGCGUUGCACAGCUGGCUGGGCAGGCUGGGCGGUUCUGGGGACGUGGCCUCGGAGAGCGAGGUGGCAGUACGCCUGCAGGACGGAAAAGAGCUGGCGUUCGUGUCCAGGCUCACGCGCAGCGCGACGGUGCUCACGAAGCCCGGCAUGCUGGCGAUGUCCGCCCGGGGAAGCUUGUCGAAUUUGAGGCCGGUGGUCCAGGACAGUCGCGACAAGCCGGCCGCCCACGAGGCCGAGGUGCGCAUCCGCGCGGUCGGCCUCAACUUCCGCGACGUCCUCAACGUCAUGGGCCUGUACCCAGGAGACCCAGGGCCGCCAGGCGCCGACUGCGCGGGCACAGUGCUGACGGUAGGCGCGGACGUGAAGCACAUCGUUCCCGGCGACGACGUGUUCGGCGAGAGCCCGGGGUGCCUCAAGACCUACAAUUGCAGCAAGGCGUCGCUGCUCACGCAGAAGUCGCCACAGUGGACUUUCGAGGAGUCGUGCUGCAUGCCAGUCAUCUUCGGCACCGUGGAGGAGGCGCUGGGGGACUUGGCGCGGCUCGGCAAGGGCGACUGCGUUCUCAUCCACGCCGCCGCUGGCGGCGUGGGCCUCGUUGCGAUCCAGUACGCCCAGUACGUGGGCGCCAAGAUCAUUGCCACCGCAGGUGCCAAGGAGAAGCACGACUACCUCCACAGCCUCGGCGUCAAGUACACCACCAGCAGCCGGGACGGCUCGAAGUUUGAGGAAGACAGCAAGCAGUUCUUGAAGGAGAUGAAGAUUGAGGGCAUCGACGUCGUCCUCAAUAGCCUCAGCCACGACGACUACAUCCCCCGGUCCCUGGCACUGCUCAAGAAGGGCGGCCGCUUCAUGGAGAUCGGCAAGCGAGGAAUCUGGAGCCACGCGAAGAUGUUCGGGGAGCGACCCGACGUGAUCUAUGAGAAGAUCGUGACCGACACUAUGAUGGACCUCUCCGAGUGGGAGUACAACGGAUACCUGAAGCGCUUGCUCGGGCGCGUGGAGGCGGGUGGACUGAAGCCGAUCAACAUGCAUGUGUUCGAGGGCAUGGAGAGCGGUGUGAAGGCGGCGCAGUUCCUGCAGCGCGCCCAGAACAUCGGCAAGGUGGUCAUCAGCACCCCGAGCACCAUGGGGCUGAUGCCGUCCACAGAGUACAUCCUAAGCGGCGGCAUGGGUGCUCUCGGAAUGGUCACUGCACAGUAUAUGAUCGAGGAGGGCGGCAAGGUCCUGAGCCUCUUGUCCAGGAGCGGAAGGCCAGCCGCGGACGUGGCGGAUAUCUGGGAGCGCCUGCAGUCGACCAGCGCCACGGUGCUGUCGAGGGCGUGCGACAUCUCGAGCAUGGACGCCGUUCGGGAGCUAGCCGCGGCCAUGGCCGCCGACGGGGCCAAGCGGUCGCCGGCAACUGCAGCUGGCGGUGUUGUGCACCUGGCCGCUGUGCUCGACGACGCCACGCUGCCGAAGCUGACGCGCGCCCACCUGGAGAAGUCGUAUGGCGCCAAGGUCUGGGGCGCGAGGCAUAUGCACUGCGAGCUGGCCCCCGCGUCGGGACCGCUGCAGUUCAUGCUGAUGUUCUCCUCCACUUCUGCACUUCUCGGGUCUCCAGGCCAGGCGAACUACUCGGCAUCGAAUUCCGCGCUUGACGCGCACGCCAGGUACUGGAAGCAGGAGGGCGAGAACACGUGGAGCGUGCAGUGGGGCCCCUGGAAGGAAGUGGGCAUGGCCACGCAGGGCAGCACCAUCGACCGCCUCCAGAAGUCGGGCGUCUACGGACUCACUAACGCGAACGGCAUGGCCGCGCUGGCCUGUGCGCUGAAGGCUUCCAACGCCACCAUCGUUGCGCAGCCCAUGCGUUGGUCUUUGUACCUGAAGCCAUAUGCGAGCUCGAAGGUCCCAGCCUUCCUGUCUCGCUUUGGGGCCGAGCUGAAGGUCGAGAAGAAGAAGCCAGCCGCGUCAGCGAUGGCCGCGGCGCCAAGAUUUGCCCAGGCGGCGGCCGCCCCGGCCGUCAGCGAGCAGAGCCUGCGCGUCAUGCUGCAGAAGAUCGCGUCGGAGGUGGCGGGCCAGAGCCAGAUCGAGGAGGACACCCCGCUGAUGGAGUCUGGCAUGGACUCGCUUUCUGCGGUGGAGUUCCGCAACCGUUUCUCCAGCGAGAUGCCCCAGGUGCAGUUGCCCAACACUCUCAUAUUCGACUACCCGAGCGUCAAAGCCAUCGCUCAGUUUGCCUCCAGCCAGAUCGCCCCAGCAGGUGCGCAGGCCGUCGGCGCUGGCUUCGCAGCUGCGCCAGUGGCGACAGGACCCAGCCCCGAAGAGGUGAACCAGUUGAUGCGUCGGAUCGCUGGGGAGACGACGGGCAGCACAGUCGAGGACGACGUGCCACUCAUGGAGUCGGGCAUGGACUCGCUGUCCGCGGUCGAGUUCCGUAACAGGCUGUCCGGUGAGCUGCCCGACCUGCAGUUGCCCAACACGCUCAUCUUCGACUACCCGACGCUGCGCUCUGUCGCUGACUACGCCGUGUCCCAGAUCGCCACGGUCGCUCCCAGUGGCGCCGUGGCUCAGGGCGGCGCACCGCGCACGGAGGGGGCCUUCAACGAGGCGCUGGCGCUUACAGGCAUGGCGUGCCUGUUCCCCGCCGGUUCCAGCAGUUGUGACCUGCUCUGGUGCGGCCUCACGCGCGGCACCGACGGGGCGGUGGAGGUGCCGUUCACGCGUUGGGAGCUCGAGGAGUGGCAGGACGACAAUGCCGACGCGCCAGGGAAGAUGUACCCGCGCCACGGCAACUUCAUCGAGGGCGCGGAGAAUUUCGACGCCGCGUUCUUCGGCAUUACACCACCAGAGGCGCGGGCGAUGGACCCGCAGCAGAGGCUGGUACUCGAGGUCGCGCACAACAGCCUGCGCGACGCAGGCUUCGACAAGUCGGCCCUCAUGGGCGCGUACGUGGCCGUGCACGUGGGCCAGACCAACAACGACUGGAUCCAGAUGCAGGCGCAGGACCUGAAGAAGAUUACGCCCUACACGGCGACGGGCAUGUCUGCGUCCAUCUCCGCCGCGCGCGUCUCUUAUUCCCUCGGCGUGAAAGGACCAGCCUACAUUGUCGACACGGCGUGCUCCUCUGCACUGGUUGCCCUCGACACCUCCGCGGUGACGAUGCGCCGGACUCAGUGCAUUGCGGGCGUCAGCCCUGCGUGCAACGUUAUGGCGCACCCGUCCACCUACAUCAGCUUCAGCAAGCCGCGCAUGCUGUCGCCCCAGGGCCGCUGCCUCACCUUCGACGCGUCGGCCGACGGCUACUGCCGUGGCGAAGGCGCUGGCGCGGCAGUGUUGCAGCGUAUGGCUGAUGCAGGCGGUAAUGCCAGGGCGAUGCUGCGGGGCGUGGCCCUGAACCAGGACGGGCGCAGCUCGACGCUCACGGCGCCCAACGGCCCGUCGCAGCAGAUGGUGAUGAAGGUGGCGCUGGAGGAGGCUGGCAUGACGCCGCAGGACGUCACGCACAUGGAGUGCCACGGCACCGGGACGCCGCUGGGCGACCCGAUCGAGGUGGGUGCUUUGCAAGUCGUCAACGUUGGACGUGCGACGGCCGCUCCACUGCUGCUCGUGGCCGUGAAGGCCAACAUGGGCCAUCUGGAGGGCGCCGCCGCCUCCUCUGGGCUGCUGAAGCUGGUGCAGGUGCUGUCGAGUGGCAGGAGCGUCUCCACUAUUCACCUGCAGACGCUCAACCCGAACUUGCAGGCUCUCGACUCUCUGCCGUCCCUGUUCGCCACGGAGAACUUGACGCUCUCGUCGCGCCGCAUGAGCGGCGGCCUCUCCUCCUUCGGCUUCGGCGGCACCAACGGGCACGCGGUGCUUACGGAGGUUGACGAGACUGGCUCUUUGCCGGAGCCGGCUCAUUUGGCGCCGGUUGUGUACACUAGGCGCAAGUUCCCGUGGCGCGACCCGGGGUACCGCUUCCUGCGGGGGCGGCCGGCCGACGGGCAGUUCGAGGUGGUGAUGAAAUGCGACGUGUACGACGUCGUCAAGCACCACAUCGUCUUCGGAUCCAUCGUCGUCCCUGGAGUUGUUUACGCGGAGAUGGCACUGGAGGCGACAAGGGAGCUUUUCGGCCACGCCGCGCGCGUCACUGACAUGACGAUGGUCUUCCCUUUCGUCGUGCCAUACAGAACCAGUGGGGCGGAGCCGCCAGCCACGAUGCGUUUCGUAUUGCGAGGCGAUAAGAAUUUUGAGAUUCAGAGCACUUCUGCCACAGGCGCCACCACUACCCACGCCGAGGGCGGCAUCGACCUCAAGGAGGGCCCCAACGACGAGGUGCGCUCGAAGCCCGUGGAUCUCGAGGAGGCGCGCAACCGCAUCACCGAGGUCGUCCCCGUCGCGGACGUGUAUUCCGCCAUUGACGGGGUCGGCUUGUGGCUUGGCCCGAUGUUCCAGGUGGCCAAGCAAUUGUGGCGGAAGGAGCCCGACGAGGAGGGCGGCCCCAUCGAAGUCCUGGGUCGCCUGGUGCUCGACCCGAGCGUGCCCAACGUUGGGUACUGCGUGCACCCUGCGUUGUUCGAUGGCACCAUCCACACGCUGGGCACGGCGUCCAUUGGCAAGAACGUCAAUGACCUGAAGAUCUUCGGAGGCGUGGGCAGGGUCACCGUGCUGCAGAAGGAAAACUUCUCCCAGCUGGAGGAGUACUGGAUCCUGCUGAAUAUCAAGGAGAAGCUGGAGGCGUCGGAGACUUUCGACGUGACUGUCAUGAACAGCAGCGGCACACCGGUCUUCAUCAUGGACGACGUCGUCUUCAGGAAGGUGUUGCCAGAGCAGAUCCAGAUGGCCAUCGCCGCCCAAAGCACCGUGGAAGACGACCACAAGAUGUACGAGGUGGACUGGGUUCCAGUCUACAAAGAAGACGCUGAGGCAGAGGCCGAGACUACCGCAGACGAGAAGGAAUGGCUCGUGAUCGCGGAGGACGCGUCCCUGCAGGCGCAGCUGAAGGCGGAGCUGGGCGCGAGCCACACGUACACGACGUCCGCCGAGGCACCUCUAGCAGACUUGGCGCAGUUCUCGAAGGUGUUCGGUUUUGCUGGGCUCAGCUCGGAGUUGUCCGCACUGGACGUCCUCGAUUCCACGCUGAAGCUCCUGCAGGCGGCCGCGAAGACCGCCGAUGCGCCGCAGGUGUGGCUGGCGACGCGGCAGACCCAGGCUGCGUCUGGCCAGAGUGACCUGGAGGGCGCCGCCGUGCCCACGCACGCUGGCAUCUGGGGCCUGGUGCGCACCUGGAGGAACGAGCAUCCCGACAAGGAGGCCGCAUGCAUCGAUGCCGACGCGGGAGCCGGACUGCUGCAGCAGAUGCUCCGCGCGGCGAAGCUGGGCGCCACGUCGGAGCCCGAGUUGGCGGAGCGGAGCAGCGCGCUACUGGCACCGCGGCUGGUCGACUGCACUGCCAAGGUGGAGGUGGAGAUUACGGAGCCCAUCACGUUCCCGGUCGACGCGACGUACGUCAUGAGCGGCGGGACCGGAGCUCUGGCGCUCCUCUUCGCGCAGUGGAUGAUGGGCAAGGGCGCCAAGCACUUCGCCCUGCUGUCCCGGAGCGGCAUGCCACAAGCGGACUCCAAGGCCGCCUUCCGAAAAGUGGAGGGCAAAGCCACUGUGCAGAAAUGCGACAUCGCCUCCGCAUCCGACGUCAAGCGCGUGUUCGCUGGGCUGACGGGCGUGAAAGGUAUCGUGCACGCGGCUGGCACCCUGGCCGACGGCAUGGCUGCCGACAUGGACAGGUCGAAAUUGGAGACCGUGAUGAAGGCCAAGGUGGACGGCACUUUGAACUUGCACGAGGCUGCCUCGGGCUUCGAACUGGACCACUUCUGGAUGUUCUCUUCCGUGGCAACAAUGAUUGGAUCCGUGGCGCAGUCCAACUACGCCGCUGCCAACGCAUUCAUGGACUCGUUUGCAGUCCACCGCCGCGCCAACAGCCUCGCCGCUCUGAGCGUCCAGUGGGGCCCUUGGGCCGACGUGGGCAUGGCGGCGCGCGCUGGCACGGCGGAGGGCAGCAUUGCCCGCAUCGACGUGCAGCGCGGCCUGGAGGUGAUGGAGGCGAUACUGACGAGCCAGUCCGUGCUGCACAGCGGCGUCGUAGGGGUGGCACGCAUCAAGUGGAAGUCGCUCAUGGGCCAGCUGCCGAAGGUGCCGCCGCUGCUGAUGAAGUUCGGCGGUGGAUCCGCGUCCAAGUCGGCCGUAGCGAUGCCGGCGGGCGGCAUGACCAUGGACGACAUCAAGACUGUGGUCGUGGGCGUGCUCGCGGACGUCAUGGACAGUGGUUCGGACGACCUUGACCUCUCCACGCCGCUCAUGGAGAUGGGACUGGACUCACUCGCGGGCGUGGAAUUCAGGAACCGGCUGCAGGCGUCAUUCGAGGGCCUCGCGCUCUCGUCGACUCUCAUGUUCGACUACCCCACCGUUCCGGACCUCGUGGACUUCAUCUACUCGCAGGUGGGUGCCUCAGGGGAGGAGGAGGACGGGGUGGGCGGCGGCGCAAUCGGCGACGCAGGGAUGCAGCUGUGCCUGUCGGGCCACGCGGGCCGCUACCCAGGCUGUUUGGUGAACGACGUGUCGCAGUACUGGCACAUGAUGAGCAUGGGCCAGGACACCACCGCAGAGCUUCCCCCUGAGCGUUGGGACAUCGACGCCUACUACGACCCUGACGUGGACGCGCCUGGGAAGACGUACGUGAAGCUCGGCCACUUCAUCCCUGGCGUCGAGCACUUCGACGGCGACUUCUUCGGUGUGCACGAGGGCGAGCAGCGCGCCAUGGACCCGCACCAGCGCUUGUCGCUCGAGAUCACGUACGAGGGCUUGCACGCCGCUGGCUUCAAUAAGGACACUCUCCAGGGCCUGGACUGCGGGGUGUACGUGGGAUGCUGCAACAUCGGCGGCACAGACGUGGACUUGAAUGCCCUCGGGCCCUACUCAAACAUCGGAGCGGCGUACUCCGGCUGCUCUGGCCGCGUGUCGCACGUGUUGUCGUUGCGCGGUCCGUGCUUCACGGUUGACACGGCUUGCUCCUCCACGAUAGUGGCUUUGGAUUCUGGUUGCCAGGCGAUCCGCGUGGGCAAGUGCAAGAACGCCGUGGCUAGCGGAGUGAACGUGCAGUUGGCUGCGUCCAUCUGGAUUGGCUUCUCGAAGAUGCGUGGCCUGGCUUUCGACGGUCGCUGCAAGACCUUCGAUGCCCGAGCCGACGGCUUCGCUCGCGGCGAAGGCCUGGGUUGCGCGAUGAUCCAGCCGAUAGCGCAGCUCGAGGACGAGGGCUACAACUUGGCAACCCUGAGCGGCGUCUCCACGAACCACGACGGGCGGGCUGCUACAAUCACGGCCCCGAACGGCACAGCGCAGCAGCGGGUGAUCCGCAGCGCGCUGUCCGAGCGCGGCACGCAGCCAGAUGAGGUGACGUGCGUCGAGUGCCACGGCACGGGUACCGCACUGGGUGACCCGAUCGAACUCGGCGCCCAGAAGGCGGUGUACAGCAAGGGCCGCAGCGAGGACGCGCCGAUGGUCCUGGCGGCAAUCAAGUCUAACAUCGGCCACCUCGAAGGCUCCGCGGGCAUUGCCGGUAUCAGCAAGGUCAUACUCAUGUUGAACAGCAAGCAGAUCCCGGGGAAUCUCAUGUUGGAGAAUCUGAAUCCGAACAUCGACCUCUCAGGCUACCCCGUGCUGAUGCCCGACUCGUUGAUGGAGUGGAAUGGCACGAGACGCUGUGCUGUCUCCUCGUUCGGCUUCAGCGGUACCAACGGCCACGGUAUCGCGGAGGCGCCCUCGCACACGGGGGAGAAGCCCAAACGGCCGCUGGUUCAGCUGAACAGGAAAGUUGUCGGCCCUUAUCGCGAGUGGCUCGACACGGUCAUGUACAGGGAGGAGUGGAACGCGUCCCCGGCCACGCUGAGCGUGCCAUUGAGCGGCAAGACCCUCGUGAUGGGCAGCGGCGAGACAGCCGAUGCAGCGUGCAAGGCGCUGACGCCCAGCACGAAGGCUGACCUGGCAGGCUUCACCGCCAAGGACGUCGCGGCGGCCUUCGCCACAGAGAGCGUUCAGGCCGCGGUGCUCACGCGGACUCUGGGCGCGAGCGACGCGCUGCCCGGGACAGCCCUGCAGGAGGCGCUGGCCUUCCUCCAGGGAGCCCAGCUGGCGAACGCCAAGGCGCCGAAGACGCUCGUGGUCGGCACCCGGGGCACCCACGACUCGCAGCGUAAGCAAUUCGACGCGGGAUCUGCCAUCUGGGGUCUCGUGAGGACGGCCCGCAUGGAGAUGCCGAAGACCAUCAUCAAGGUCGUCGACGUGCCGAUGGGCGCGACCGCGGAGGCGGCUGCGAAGAUGCUGACGGACGAGCUGCAGGAGCCCGAGACGGAGGUGGAAGUGGCCUACACCACACAGGGCCGCUGCGUGCCGCGCGUCGUGAAGGACCCAGCGGCGGCGAGUUCCCUGCAGAUGCGCGACGCUAUGCAGGACAAGCGGCUCGUGAGCGGGCUCCACAUUGUGACCGGCGGCCUCGGAGGGCUGGGCUUGGUCGCGGCACGGCAGUUGGCCGAGCUGGGCGCUGAGGAGGUCAUGUUGGUCUCCCGCAGCGGCAAGCUGGCGCAUGGCCAGGGCCUCGAGCCGCAGCUCGCCUGGCUCGAGUCGCACCAGGGCAUGACGCUGCACACACGCAGCUGCGACGUGUCGUCGGCCUCGGGCGUAGCCUCGCUUGUUAAGGACUGCAAGGACAACGUCCAAAGCCCGGCGGGCAUCGUGCACGCAGCGGGCGUGCUGGACAGGUGCUCGCUCGCCGAUCUGACUUUCGAGCGGAUGUCCAAGACGCUGGACCCCAAGGCGGCCGGCGCCUGGCACUUGCACAGCAGCACUGAGUCCCUGGACCUCGGUUUGUUCGUGCUCUUCUCGUCCGUCUCCGCCGUGGUCGGCCUGGCAGGCGGCGCGGCCUACUCGGCGGCCAACGCGUACUUGGACGGCCUCGCCGAUUGGCGGUACUCCAGGCAGGGCGGCGUCAGUUUGAAGUGGGGGCCCGUGUCCGAAGUCGGCAUGACGGCCGCCGCGAACGCAGACUCGCACCUCGAGGGCAUGUCUCUCAAGACGCUUUCGCCGGCGCAGGUUGCCAGUGCGCUGCGCCUGGCGCUGACUUUGCCGGGGCCGAAAGCCAUGCCGUCCAGCGGGCUGCUGCUUGCCAGGGUGGACUGGGCCGCCUUCGUUCGCGAGACGGGUGCGGAGAUCCCACAGCUUGUGGACUUCCAGGAUGUGGAGGUCGGCGGCACCAACGACGCGGCAGGCAAGGCUGGUGCCCUUGCGGCGAUGUCGUCCGAUGACCGCACGGCGGCGGUGUUGAAGUCCAUCCGAGGGGCGGCCACAAGCAUGGGCUUGGAAGUCGAGGACGAGACACCUCUGAUGGAGGCCGGCAUCGACUCCCUCUCGGCGGUGGAGUUCCGCAACCGAGUCUCGGGGGAGUUCCGGUCCGUGAAGCUGCCGAGCACCUUGAUGUUCGACUACCCAACCUUGGCGUCGCUGGCCAACUACGUCUCAGACCAGCUCGAGGGCGCGGCGCCGUCGGCGGCGGCUGCGGCGCAGAUCUCGAAGGGGUCGUCGGCCGCGAGGCGUGCAGCAAGCUCGGCGCCCGGCGGCGGCAAGGACCAACUUGCCAUCCUGGGCGCCGCGUGCCACCUGCCAGGCGACAGCUGGGCGCUCGAGUCUUUCGCUGCCACGCUGAUGGCCGGAGUGGACUGCAUCCAGGAGGUUCCGUACAGCCGAUGGGAUUCUGGCGAGUACUACGACCCCGAGGCGAGCACGGGCUUGAAGAUGUACGUGCAGCACGGCGGCUUCAUCGAGGGGGGCGAGCUCUUCGCCGCCGCCCACUUCAACAUCGUGAAGCCAGAGGCGGAGACCAUGGAUCCUCAGCAGCGCCAUCUGCUGGAAGUAUCGUUCGAGGCCUUCUUGGGCGCGAAGAUCGAGAAGAGCACCCUGAUGGGGAGCCUCACGGGCGUCUUCGUGGGACAGGACAAGUGCGAUUGGAAUCGCAUGAUCUCUGGUUCUCAGGGCGGCCCCUACGCGGCGACAGGCGGCUCUUCGUCAAUCUCCGCGAACCGCAUCUCCUACGUGCUGGGGCUCCGCGGCCCCAGCGCCACCAUCGAUACCGCAUGCUCCUCCUCGCUCGUGGCCGCGGACACUGCUGCGGCCACGCUGCGCCGCGGGAGAGCUGACCUGGCCACCGUCUGCGGCGUCAACAUGCUGCUUCUCCCGCAGACUUUCGUCGCAUGCUGCCAGGCACACAUGCUGUCCGCGGGCGGCCGGUGCCGCACGUUCGACAACACCGCCUCGGGCUACGCGCGCGGGGAGGGCGCAGGAGCUCAGACGCUCGAGAGGAUCGGCGACAAGCACGCGCUCGCAGAGCUGCGGGGCUCGGCCCUCAACCAGGACGGCCGCAGCUCGAACCUCACCUCGCCCAACGGACCGUCGCAGCAGGCCGUUGUGCGCGAGGCGCUCUCGGAGGCCGGCAUCGCGCCCAGCGCGCUGCACGCGCUGGAGACCCACGGUACCGGCACCGAGCUGGGCGACCCGAUCGAGUUCGGGGCAUUGCAGGCGGUGCUCGGCGGAUCCGACAGGCAGAGGCCAGUGAUGCUCGGAGCUGUCAAGUCCAACAUCGGGCACCUGGAGGGUGGCGCAGGCCUCGCGGGCCUCACCAAGCUCGUCGCAAUGCUGCGCCAGAGGCGCAUGCCGGCGAACCUGCAUCUGCGGGACUUGAACAGCCACAUAUUCGAGGACCUCGAAAAUUUCCAGGUCGGUUUGCCAACCGAGACCGUUCACUUGGUCGAGAAGAUGACGACCGCGUCCGUCUCGUCGUUCGGCUUUGGCGGCACGAACGGCCACGUCGCGCUCCAGACUGCAGAGAAGGAGCUGCCCCAGGCCGCGAAGGCGAGCAAGAGGGUCGCCAUGCUCUUCACUGGGCAGGGCUCGCAGUACGUGGGCAUGGCCAAGGGUCUCUACGAGACGGAGCCGGUGUUCCGCGAGGCGCUGGACAGGUGCGCCAAGGUUCUGGACGGCUUGCUUCCCCAGCCGCUGCUGAAGGUGAUGUACGCGCCAGAGGGCAAGAGCGAAGGCCUGCUGAACCAGACGCAGUUCUCCCAGCCUGCCAUCUUCUCUGUACAGUAUGCUCUCUCAGAGCUCUGGAAGUCCCGCGGAGUGGUGCCCUGCGCCGUCCUCGGCCACAGCGUCGGCGAGUACGCCGCGGCGGUCUCUGCUGGGGCGCUUUCUCUUGAGGACGGUCUGCGCCUCAUCGCGGCUCGCGGGCGGUUGAUCGCGGAGAAAUGUGAGACGGGUGUGGGUUCGAUGUUUGCCCUCUUCACGCCUGAGGCCGAGGUGCGACAGGCCCUAAAGAAGCUCGGCGACACCCAGGUGGCCAUUGCGGCCGUGAACGGCCCCAAGAUGACAGUAGUGAGUGGCAAGACCGCGUCUGUCGAGAAGCUCGCCGAGAUGAUUGGCGCGACGAGCCGCCCGCUGACUGUGUCCCACGCCUUCCACUCGCCGCUCAUGGAGCCGGCGCUGGCACCCUUCCGGGCGGAGGUAGCCUCCGCUGCGCUGAGCCCCCCGUCGGGCACCAGGUUCUUCUCCACACUCCUAGGCCGCGAGGUGACCACAGAGGUUACAGAGGCUGACUAUUGGGUUGACCACAUUAAGGAUGCGGUUCUCUUCAACAAGGCGAUGCAGGCUCUGGACUCCGAAGUGAAGCCGGAUGCGUACCUGGAGGUGGGCGCUGCGCCAACAUUGGUAAACAUGGCCAGGCGUUUCGUGUCCCGCGGUGUGGACUGGCUUGCGUCCAUGGACGAAAAGACGGGCGCCGACCCCGAGGUGUUCCAGAAGUCGCAGGACCAUAUUGGUGCCAAGCUGCCAGCACCGUCUGCGACACUGAAGCGCCAGUCGUUUCCCUGGAGGGACGCCGGGCACCCACUGCUGCGGAAGAAGACGAUCCGAGCUGACGGCGCCACGGUGUACGGUUGCCUCUUCGGGGGGCACGUGUUGGAGCUCUUAUCGCACCACAUCGUUCACGGUGAGGUGGUCGUGCCAGGCGCCUGCUACCUCGAGAUGAUCGUCGCAGGGUGCACGCAGCACUUGGGCAAGGAACAGGCCUGGUGCAUUGAGGGCCUCGGCUUCGCCAAGCCACUGGUGCUGCGCCUGGUCGACGGCAAGUUAGAGGAGCCGACGGAGUUGCGGCUGGUCAUCCGCACCGACGGCGUAGUCGAAGUGGAGAGCGAGAUAGGCACGGACCCCGAGGACAGCAUCUGCUCCACGCACGUGGAGGCGACAUUGGUGUUACAGGCGGGCGGCUGGCAGGCCAAUCGCCCCGAGCAGGACUCUUUCAGCCUGGACAGGCUGCGCGCCCAGUGCUCAGAUGCGGUCGACAUCGACCUCAUGUACUCUUUCGGUCGCAAAAGCGGCCUGCCUCUGCAGUCGCGCUUCCGCACGGUGCGCCACUGCCAGAAGGGCAACCGCGAGUCCAUCGGGCGCCUCGAGAUGGAGCGCGAUGGUACGCACGUGGGCUUCUGGCUCGGCCCGUCCGUGAUCGACGGCUCGUUCCAGGCCUCCAUGGCCCUCGCGGACGCCGACGUGGGCAUCGGUACGCUGAAGAUCCCGCUGUCCAUCAAGCGCCUGCAGCCGGCGGGUCGGUCGUUCUCCAUAUCCGUGUGGUCAUACUUCCAGCUGAUCGACUUCACUGACAGGUCGACCGUCUUCCGCUCAUGGCUCCUGAACGACGCCGGGGAGGCCCUGCUGUACUUCGACCACGUACACUUGCAGGAGGUCCGCGACGAGCACAUCCAGAAGGUCCUGCAGGCUUCCGGCCGGCAGGGCAAGGAGAAGGAGGCCCUAUACGGUGUGGAAUGGCGCGACGCGCCUGCUGGUGCUCCAGUGGCGUCUUCCACACAGGAGCGAUGGCUCGCCCUCGGCAGCGCGAAGGCCCUCGCCAAGCUCUCCCUCGAGGGCGACAAGCGCUUCCGAUCUGUAGCGCACGGCGGCCAGCUGGACUUGCUCGACGAGGGCGCGGUCCAGGUUCUCCUGUCGGAGAAGAGUUGGGAGGCAGUGGUGUUCGCCGAGGGCCUCUUGGAGGAGGCCGGGGACGUGGACGUCGUGACGAUGGCCAUGGCCCUCACACGUGCCGCCACCAAGUGCUCGAAGGCCCCCGAGCUGUGGCUCUUGACCGACGGCGCGCAGCCUCGCAGCUCGGACGACGAGGAGGCGAGGAAGGCGGGGUCCCCGAUUCACGCUGGCAUCUGGGGCUUCGCCCGGGCGGUGCGCAUGGAGUACCCAGGGGCCGUGGCCGUGAGGAGCCUGGACUUGGACCCCCUUCAGGCCAAGGCGGGCCGAGGUCUCGCGGACGCGCUCGAGUCGCACAGGGGCGGAGAGGACGAGCUCGCCCUGCACGCCAGCGAUGCGCGCACGGCAAGGCUCGCACGAAGCACGGUUGACUACAGGGGGCCCAUGCGCUUGAACAUGGCUGCCCGCGGGGCUCUCUCCAACCUGAAGCCCGUGGCCCAGGCUGUGCGCCGAGGAGUGGCGCCUGGAGACGCGAAGCUGCGCAUCCGGGCAGUCGGGCUGAACUUCCGCGACGUGCUGAACGUGAUGGGACUGUACCCAGGCGACCCUGGCCCACCAGGUGCCGAUUCUUCGGGCACUGUGAUCGAGCUGGGCGAGCGUGUCAAGAACGUGAGCAUCUGCGAGGAUGUGUUCGGCGAGUCUCCAGGCUGCCUGAGCACCUACAACAGCGGCCUUGCGGCCCUCCUCGCCACCAAGCCAGCGUCGUGGACGUUCGAGCAGGCGUGCGCGAUGCCCGUCAUCUUCGUGACCGUCGAGGAAUCGCUCGGCGACCUCGCCCAGCUGAAGAGGGGCGAGCGCGUGCUCAUCCACGCGGCCGCCGGCGGAGUGGGCCUCGUAGCCAUCCAGUAUGCGCAGUUCGUCGGAGCCGAGAUCUACGCGACGGCUGGCGCCGAGGAAAAACACGAGUUCCUGCGUGGGCUAGGCGUGAAGAGGAUCACCAGCACGCGCAACGGGGCGCAGUUCGAGUCAGAUAUGAAGCGCUUCCUCGAGGAAGACGGCGUGGAUGGCGUGGACGUCGUGCUCAACAGCCUGAGCCACGACGACUACAUCGGGCGCUCUCUGGCCGUCCUGAGGAAAGGAGGUCGCUUCAUGGAGAUCGGCAAGCGCGGCGUCUGGGGCCACGAGAAGAUGAGGAACGCUCGCCCCGACGUGAUAUACGAGAAGAUCGUGGCGGACAUCAUGAUGGAGAAGGAGUGCUGGAGGUACAACGAGUACUUGACGCGCCUCAUCGGACGCGCAGACGCUGGCCAUCUGACGCCCAUCAACUCGCACGUCUUUGACGGCUUCGACCGUGGCAUUGCCGCCCUUCAGUUUUUACAGAGGGCCAACAAUAUUGGCAAGGUUGUGAUCAAUGAUUCAAGUAAGAUGGGAUGCAGGCCUGAAUGUACCAGUGUGUUGAGCGGCGGCAUGGGUGCUCUCGGCAUCGUUACCGCUCAGUUCAUGUCCGAGGAAGGGGCCAAGUCGCUGAGCUUGCUAUCGCGGGGCGGCACGCCUUCAUCGGACGCCCUGGCGCAGUGGGAGUGGCUGCAAAAGUCCACGGUGGAGGUGUUGGUCUCAAAGUGCGACGCGGGUCAGGCAGCCAGCGUGCAGGAGCUGGCUGCGAGCUUGGCCGGGAAGAAGUUGGGCAGCUUGUUGCACCUCGCGGGAGUGCUCGCGGACGGCAUGCUGCCGACUCUGACCAAGGAGCAUUUCGCGAAGUCCUACGGCCCGAAGGUGCAUGGCCUGCACAACUUGUGCGGGGCGCUGUCGUUCGAGGCAGACGCGAAGUUCUUGCUGUACUCGUCCACAUCGGCGUUGUUCGGAUCGCCAGGCCAGGCGAACUACUCGGCCUCCAACUCUGUGCUCGACUCGCUCGCGCCCCAUUGGACAGCCAAGGGUAUCCGCAGCGCAUGGUCCAUCCAGUGGGGCCCGUGGGCCGAGGUCGGGAUGGCGGUGCAGGCGAACACGCUGCAGCGCGCCAAGGCCAUGGGCGUCGGCGCGCUUGGCACAGCCCACGGCAUGGCCAUCAUGGGCAGCGUGUUGGCCAGCGGUGAACCCGUGGUCGGCGCCGCCAUCGUAAAUUGGGGCAAGUACAUCCGCAGCGCCUACCAGGAGACGCCGCGCUUCCUGCUCGACAUGGAGGCUGAGGCCCGCAAGGCGGCGCCCGCCAAGGCAGAUGGCGACGGCAGCUCCCUGGUCUUGGCCGGCCUCUCGGCGCAGGAGCGCCUGGAGGCUGUCACGAACUUCUUGCAGAACAUGGCACGCGAGGUCGUGGACAGCCAGGACCUCGGCCCGGACGACGCGCUGCUCGAGAACGGCCUGGACUCGCUCAGCGGCGUAGAGUUCCGCAACCGCUUGGUCGCGGAGUUCGAGACCGUAAAGAUGCCGAACUCGUUGGUGUUCGACCACCCCACCGUGAACGCGCUGGCGCUCUUCAUCAACGAGCAGCUUGGAGACGCUCCGGCCGCCGAUGCCACCUCGGCGUCCGCGCCAGCAAAGCAGACUUCCGCGGCAGAGGCAGCCCGGCUGAUCGAGCCGCUCAAUGACAGGACUUCAGGCGCCCCGCUGUUCCUGGUGCCUGGAGCAGGCAUGCAAGCAGGCGGCUUCCGUACUCUCGCGGGGUUGCUGCCUGUUCCCGCCUACGGCUUCUCGUGGCCCAAGGGCGCGUUCGCGCGCGAGCAGUGGCCUACUACGCUGGUAGGCUUGGCCACGCUCUUCUUCGAGCAGGUGCAGCUCACUCAGCCAGAGGGGCCGUACCACUUCGCGGGGCACUCUUUCGGGGCCAGCAUUGCCAUCGAGAUGGCCAAGGUCGCUCAGAGCCGUGGCGCCGAGGUGGUUCUUGUUGGACUCCUUGAUGCUCGGAGCUUGCCCCCUUUCAACGUGGACAUCGGCAGUACUUUCUCCGAGACCACCCUCGUGGACAGCCUCGCCCUGCUGUCGGAGACCGCGGCUGACGGGUCCAAGUUCAUUGCUAAUUUGGAAGAUAUCUCGAAGGCCACUGCCGCUGGGGAGAACGGCGAAUCCGCUUUGCGGCGGCUGCUGAACCCGGCCGUGGUCGGGAUGCUCGAGCACGUGCACGAGACGACGAAGUGGUACAGCCACCUCCUCGGCACCCACAAGUUCUCGGAUGAGAAGCUGCAGACAGCGAGGGUGGUGACCCUCGCGGCGGAGGAGACCUGGCUCCUGCCCAAGCCGGAGUCGGAGACCUCGGCUCAGGCCAUGGUGCGCGCCAUCCAGUCCAAGACCUUCCAGAGCAACGCCGAGGUCGCUCAGCGCGUGGCGGCUUCCUGCGGUUCUGCAGCCGUUGCAGUGAAGGCCCCAGGUACACAUUUUUCCAUGUUGCACGAGCCGAGCGCCGUAGGGAUCGCGCUCACCCUCUGUGGCGCGCUCAAUGACGUGGCAAACGCUGGCAGCAUGGCCUGAAUGUCAGAAACUGCCGCUCCGAAAAGCCGUACGCUCGGCACUGGCGUUUCACCGAUCUUUGCGAAGUUGCCCGCGUUCCCUGAACAGCUAGAGCUGUAACUCUACGAUCGUGAAUAUAUAUAUAUAUAUAUAUAUAUAUAUUCCAUGGUCUACGCCAUGAGUCAUCAUCCACAUGCUGCGCCUCAUAGUACAGGACACAGUUCUGAUAUGUUCAGGGUUUCUUUGCCAACCGCCGCUUGACAGCCAACAGCACGCCACGCCAUCAAUUUUAGCCAUGCUGGCGGGCAUUCCGCCGCAGCAGGGUCUAUCAGUCUGUCGACUUGAGCACAGUUGGCUCAGUUGUUUCAAUUUUUGCAGAUCGCACGGCGCCCACAUCAUGUGAACGGGACCGUGCCAAUUUUGCCAGAGUUUCCCAUUAAAUGAUUCGCGUGCGCAGCCGAGUCUGGCGGGGGGUGUCGUGCUGGAGGUCAUGUUGCAUGCCGGGGGCAUAUGAAUGAAUUGUCCAGGGGGUGUCCCAUCGUGCGUCCCUUUGGUC